GGGAAUACUGGGCUGGAGCUGCGGUCGCGGGGCAGCCGAUGGUCUGGGUGAUGUGGGAUGGGGACAGUCCCAGUCUUGGUCGUUCCUCCUGUCCAUCUGGACGUGGGUGCAUCUUGAAUGAUGAUGUGGAUUCUGCUUUUCCCUCCCUUUCUCUUGCAGGCUGUACCCAGCUGCUGGACGAGCUGCAGGUGAUCCUCUCCACUCCUUCCAGGACUGCCUGGCCAGCGUCACCCAGCGCAUCCAUCCGUCACCAGCCUGAGGCUUUUGUCCGCAAGGACGCCCUUCCCCUGGGCACCUUCUCCAAGUACACGUGGCACAUCACCAACGUCCUGCAGGUCAAGCAGAUCUUCGAUACGCCCGAGCUGCCCCUGGAGAUCAUGAACCGCCCCCCCUCCCCGAGUCCUGGGCACCCCCAGCCCCAGAACUGGGAGCUCUGGUGGGGACCAGGCUGGGCUUGGAGGGGGGGGACACCAGGAGACUCUCCUCCCAGUGUGGGAGCAGCCGCCCCUGCCAGAAGCCUGGAGUGAGACCCCAGCGUGAGCUGCAGAGCAUGGGGGGGGCCCAGGGCUUUACCCUGACCACCACCCCCCCCCCCCCCUCCUUUUCCAGCAGUUCUGAGCACUGCCUUCUUCCUGCCUGGGACUUGGGGGGACCCAACAAGAAGAGCCCCCCCAACUCUGGGAGGCCAGACCCCAGGAGGGAGGGGCCUGCCAGGUCUCUCCAGUCCCCACUAACAAGGACCCCCCCCCACCUUGUUCCCCCCCACCAGACACCCCUGUACCCCCAAGAAGGCCCACGCUCAGGGGAGCCGCACCCCCUCCACCCACAGCCCAGAUACUGGUGCCCACCCUCCCAACCACCCCCUAGAAUCUCAAACAUCCGUGCUACUCCCUGCAGCCCUCUCUAGCCCCCACCCAGAGGUAAAAAAAAAGACAAAAAACCCCCCAACGCCCCCAGCCAAAUCUCACCAUCGGGGCUCCAACCUCUUUAACCACCUGCAAAAAACCCCAGACACCCCCCACGGAACACACACACAGACAUUGCGCAGUCUCCCCCCAAAUCCCAGCCCUGGGUGUGGGGGGGGAAGCCCUUAUUGUGAGGCUCCCUGUGCUUGGGGGGGGACAACCCUGUACUGGACACCCCCUUGAAUGUCCAAGGGACCACAACCCACACGGCUGAACCAGCAUUAGUGGGGGCAGGCUCGGACCCACCCAGGAUUUGGAGGGGGGGGGCCCCCUCUAACACCUAUUCCCUUCGUCAUCAAGUGGAUCCCGCCCCCCCCAGCAGGGAGCUGCACAUCAAGUUCAAGUGUAGCCACCGGCUGCCACGGAGCCGGUGCUGGAAUUCCCACAGCUGGCGAUCAUCUCCCUCCCCCGAACCCCACCCCCGGUGCCGGGGAAGGGGGGGGGGGGGCACAGCCCCAGGACUGGCACAGCACAGGCUUGCAAGGAUAAAUACCAUUAUCCAAGCACACAGGAGCACCCACAAAAUAAAACUCCCACUCGUGGGGUGCCCCGAAU